AUGGAGCUACGGAAGCAAGUAUCCGCCGAAGAGUUGGUCUAUGCAGCUAAUGUUAGCCAACGGACUAGUGGUAAUACCGAUGCAUCUGUGAUGAUAAAGACAAUAAUGGCAAGUCCAACGAGAGCCACUAAAAUCCGAAAAUCUAUUGCAUCAAAACUAGAGUCAAAAGUGAUUGUAGAAGGAGGUAUUCACGCAAGGGAAUGGAUAUCACCAGCUUUUGUCACUUAUAUGAUAUACAAAACGAUAACUGCCCCGAAAUGCAACAAUAAAGAGUGGAAAAAAAUUGCCCUGACCUACGAAUGGUAUUUUAUGCCAGUAGUAAACCCCGACGGAUAUGAAUAUAGUCAUACAGAAGAUCGACUUUGGAGAAAAAAUCGGAAUGAUCCAAGUGUGGACAUAAAUAGAAAUUUUGAUUCAGCAUUCGGCACUGUUGGUGUCAGCUCUUAUGAAUAUGAUGUAACUUAUUGUGGUGAAAAACCAUUUUCUGAACCGGAGAGUGUAGCUAUGGGAAAAUUUAUAAGAUCCCAUAGCAAAGAUCUUGAAUAUUACAUCGCUUUCCAUUCCUAUGGCCAAUAUAUGAUAAUACCAUAUGCACAUUUGAAGACUCAUAUGGAAAAUUAUGAUGAAAUGAAAACGUUAGGAGAUAAAGUUAAAAAUACUAUCUACAGAAGAUAUAAAACAAACUACUAUGUAGGAACUGCCUACGACACUGUCGGAUAUCAAACAUCAGGAGUCAGCGGUUGUUGGGUCAAGAAGACAUUUAGAGUCCCAUACGUCUUAACCUUCGAGCUUCGUGACGAGGGUGAGAACGGUUUUGCUUUACCGCCUAGCGAGAUCCUGCCGACCUGUUUAGAGACCAUGGAUGGCAUGGUCACACUUUUCAAACCCCGAGUUGAACACUUUAUGAAACUCAGACCAGGUCUUGUUCCACCAAAUGAUCAAAAUACCAUUGUGUCUGAUACUUUUGUAAUAUUAUUUAAUAUUUUAUUAUUUUUAAUAGUACGUUUCGAUUGA